AUGUCACAAAAUCCUCAAAUCAAACAAGAAGCUGGAGCAGCUAAUAGUACAAAUCAAAUACCAGCUAAUAAUAUACGGCCAGGCGCCCAACAAGGAACAGCUACUCAAUCUCACCCACAAGCUGCUCAACACAUUGUACAACCACAUCAACCACCUUCCCAAGCUCAAGCAGCUCAAGCAGCCCAAGCUCAAUCACAAACGGCUCAAGCCCAAGCUCAAGCUCAACAACAAAGAAAAGCUAAUCCACAAUUUUCACCUGCCGAUUUAAAUAGAAUUGUUUUGGAAUAUUUAAAUAAGAAGGGUUACCAUAAAACUGAAGCUUUGUUACGUGUUGAAAGUUCACAUACACCAACACCAUCAUCACCAGCUCCACCUUCAGCGCCAUCGAAAGCUGCUUCACCUGAAAAACCUCAACCAGCACAUGAAAAAUUUGACCCUGAACUUUAUGAACGUGGUUAUUCAAUGCUAAGGACUUGGGUUGAAAGUUCACUUGAUAUUUAUAGACCGGAACUUUAUAGAGUUUUAUAUCCAAUUUUUAUUCAUUGUUUCUUAGAUCUUAUAGAAAAGAAUGCUAAAAUUGAAGCAAGAAGAUUUUUUGAUAAAUUUUCAGGUGAUCAUCAAAUUUUACAUGGUACUGAAAUUAGUAAAUUAGCAGGUAUUGGUUCACCAGAUCAUUUAAAAGAAAAUGAAUUAGCAAAAUCAUUUAAAGAUAAUACUUAUAUUUUACAUGUUUCAAGAACUUCAUUAAACUUGCUUUUAUAUUUCUUACAUGAAAAUGAAGCUUUAGGUGGUUCAUUAAUGAUUAAUUUUAUUAAUAGAUAUGUUCAACCAAAAAUCAUAACAGGAAGAGUUGAUACUGAUAUAGGUGAAGGUUCAUUAGAUGAUGGGAUUAAAGGUGUUGGAGCAACUGAUGAAUUGGAUAAAUUUAAUAGUCAAGCUGUUAAAUUAGGAAACCUACCGAUGGAUCCAGAAUAUACAAAAGAACUCGAAGUUGAAUUGAAAAGAAGAGAUGAAAAAGAAGGUAGAACAGAAGAUACAUUAGUUGAAGAAUUCAAUAAGAUUAAAAAGGAAACUGAUGAUUCACCACCAAAAGAAACUUUACCAUUACCUCAAAAAACUGCAUUAGAUUUGAAAAGAGAAAUUUUAGCAGUUAGAGAAUCAAGAGAUAAAUUUAAAUUAGAUUCAAUUCAAGCAGCAGCUCCAAGUGUUUGUAUGUACACUUUCCAUAAUACAAAUAAUGAUUUAACAACUUUAGAAUUUAAUGAUGAUUCAACAUUAGUUGCUGGUGGGUUCCAAGAUAGUUAUAUUAAAUUAUGGUCAUUAGAUGGAUCACCAUUAAAAUCAGUUUUAAGAAGUGAUCAAUCUGAAGAAAAUACUAGAAAAUUAAUUGGUCAUAGUGGUUCAAUUUAUGGUAUUUCAUUUAGUCCAGAUAAUCGAUAUUUAUUAUCAUCAUCAGAAGAUAGAACAACAAAAUUAUGGUCAUUAGAUACUUAUACCCCAUUAGUUAAUUAUAAAGGUCAUAAUCAUCCAGUUUGGGAUGUUAAAUUUUCACCAUUAGGUCAUUAUUUUGCUACAGCUUCACAUGAUCAAACUGCAAGAUUAUGGAGUUGUGAUCAUAUUUAUCCCUUACGUAUAUUUGCAGGUCAUUUAAAUGAUGUUGAUACUGUGGAAUUUCAUCCAAAUUCAACUUAUGUCUUUACAGGUUCAAGUGAUAAGACAUGUAGAAUGUGGGAUAUUUCUAAAGGUAAUUCAGUUCGUAUAUUUAAUGGUCAUACAGGUCCAAUUAAUACAAUGGCAGUUUCACCAGAUGGUAGAUGGUUAGCCAGUGCAGGUGAAGAUUCUAUUAUUAAUAUUUGGGAUAUUGGAUCAGGUAGAAGAUUAAAAUCCAUGAGAGGUCAUGGUAGAACUUCAAUUUAUUCAUUAGCAUUUUCUAAAGAAGGUUCAGUCUUAGUUAGUGGUGGUGCAGAUAAUUCAGUUAGAGUUUGGGAUAUUAAAAGAGGUACAAAUGAAGCAGGACCAAUUCCUGAACCUUUCCCAUCUCAAACUGAUGAUUCAACAACUUCAAUUAAUGUUAAUAGUAAAGAAAAAAUUGAAGAAGCUAGACGUCGUAAAGAAAUUAUUCAAACUGCAGAUCAUUUAGCUUCAUUUUUCACCAAAAGAACACCAGUUUAUAAAGUUCAUUUCACAAGAGGUAAUUUAGUUUUAGCAGCUGGUGCUUUUAAUCCUUAA